UGGUAUUCUUUCUUUGCCAGUAGCAAUUGAAACAUCUUUUUGGCACCUGGCCUUACUGAAGUUCUCUGAAUUUUACCCCUGGCUUCUUUUGCACAGAUCUUGGCUUGUUGCACUGCUUAUAAUUUAUUUCUUGUUAGAAUUAUUGUAUUCUCCUAGACACCCUAGGGUGAGCAGUGUUUUCUAAAGGGUAUGUUUUUGCAUCGACUUUGUGCAAGCAUGUGGCAUUAGUUUUUGAAUCACUUCGGCUGUCUAAUUCUGCGGUGCAUGGUUUUGUUUGGAUAGCGAUUCUGACUGGAAUCCAAUGAAAUCCAAGAAGAGUUCUCGAUCUCGCUCAAGAUCUUAUUCGCCUGGGUAUGGUAGAGAGAGAAAUUAUCCAAGAGUUUAUCAAAAUCGUGACUUCAGAGGGCAUAACAGAGGUUAUAGAAGACCAUACUAUUUCCGCAAUCGUGGAAGAGGCUUUUAUCCACGGGGUCAGCAUAAUCGCGGUGGAUAUGUAAAUUAUCGCCCUAACUGGCAGAAUUACAACCGCCAACAGUAUAGUCCCCGUAGGGGUCGGUCUCGUUCUCGCUCCCCAAAAAGGAGAUCAAUCUCUCCUAGGUCCAGGAGCCACUCAAGAAACUCAGACAAGUCAUCCUCUGAUCGCUCCAGGAGGUCUUCCUCCUCUAGGUCUUCCUCAAAUCACAGUAGAGUGGAGACUAAACGUAAAUCAAAAAAGGAGAAGAAGAGUCAUUCAAAGGAUCAAAGAAGCUCUGUCCAGGCAACAGAUGAUGACUCAAAGGAACAAUCUGCAUCGGUUGCUGAUAAUGAUGAUAAAACAGAAGGUGGCAAGACAUGGCAGGAUAUGGAAGCGUAUGAUACAAGUCCUGUACGCCAGCACAGUUCUGAAGAACGUGCACCAACCGUUAAAAGCUCUGUGCAAUCUGUAGUAGUGAGACGCUGCUCUCCCAGGCCAAGUUCAGGGCAAAAACCCAGUCCUUCUUCCCCCUCUGUAUUACAGAGUGGUGGCAGUUUCAGGUCGUCCUCUCGACAUAGUCCUUUUGAUCACAGCUUGAGCCCACCAAGAAAGAGUCCUAUGACCAAGAGCCCACCCACAAUGGGUUCACUCUAUGGAAGUCAAAAAGAAGAGGGCAGAUCUGGAGAGUUGACUGCACCAAUUGGCACUGGAUAUAAAAGGUUUAUGGAAGAACAGAAAAACAAGGCAAUUGAACUAGAAAAAGAAAACGGGAAAGAUAAACUGUCUAGUUUGGAGAAAAUGAAGGAUCGUAGCAGUCCUACUGAUUUUGCUAUGAGCGAGUUGGAAAGGGCUUAUAAAAAAAGCGUAUCCCCCAAGCGCUAUAAGAAAGAGGAUAUGGAAAAAUUAAAGUUGGCUGAAUUGAGAUACGCAAAGGAGGAACUUGAACAGGAGAAAAGGGGAAGAGCAAGAAAAGACUCUGAUAGUGAUUCCAAGAAUCAAGACCCAUACGACCCUGCAAAGUGGGAAGAGCUGUCUUUCAUACCAAGCUCCAAAGAUAAACGAAAGAAGUCCGAAGAUACAGAUGAUGAAAUAUAUAUGGAAAAGUCUAAGAAAGAAGAGAGAGCCACAAAGUCUAGCCAUAAAGGAUUUCUACCUGAAAAAAACUUCAGAGUCACACACUUUAAGUCUAAAGAUAAAAGUGAAUCCCCACCACCUAGAAAAUCCGAGAGCAAAGAGAAGCCUUUAUCCAAAGAAGAUAUGUCCUUAAAAUCAAAUUUCUCAGUUAGUCGAGAAACUGGUCCUACUCUCCGAAUGGAUUCCUUUGAUGAGGAUCUGGCACGACCAAGUGGAGUAAUGACUCAUGAGAGGAAGCUGUCACGAGAUCUUGUCCACAGCAAUAAGAAGGAUCAGGGGUUUAAGUCCAUUUUUCAGCACAUCCAGUCUGCACAGUCCCAGCGCACUCCAUCUGAGCUGUUUGCGCAGCAUAUUGUGACCAUUGUUCAUCAUGUUAGAGAACAUAAUUUUGGUCCAACAACGGUGACGUUGAGUGAGCGUUUCGCCAGCUACCUAAAGAAAACAAAGGAGCCGGAGCCUUCAAAAUCUCGAAAGAGUCCAGAAAUUCACAGGAGAAUUGACAUUUCUCCCAGUGCUUUUAGAAAACAUGGAUUUAUGCAGGAGGAGGCAAAACACACAAAAGAAGGCAGCCGCAAGGGGGAAGGCAAAUACAGAGAGGAGCCUUCUGAUCUGCGGCAGGAUAUUGAGCGCCGCAAAAAACAUAAGGACAAGCGUGACCAUUCCAGGGACUCUGGAGACUCUCGAGAUUCAAGUCGGUCCAGGGAGAGGUCACCUGAAAAACCAGAGAAGACGAGGAAGUCCUCAAAAAAACACAAGAAGCACAGGAAAGUGCGGGAGCGCUCUCGCUCUUCCUCUUCUUCCUCGCGUUCUUCCCAUUCCAUGCGAGCACCACCGGCAACAGAAGAAUUCCCUCAUGAUAGUGAAGAAAAAGAGGAAAGCUCUGCACGUUUAGGAAACAAGGAUUUCCAAGGAAGCGGUGACAGAGGACGAGCAAGAGGAACUUUUCAAUACAGGGCCAGAGGGACAAGACCUUGGGGCAGAGGUGCAUUUCCAGGAAAUGACAAUAACAACAAUAAUGAUUUCCAGAAACGAAACAACCGGGAAGAGGAAUGGGAUCCAGAGUACACACCCAAAAGCAAAAAGUAUUACCUGGUGCGGUGGUAAACAAAAGACCAGUGCAUAAUGUGGAGUCGCCCAUACAUUACAGUGACAAUCAGUAUCCCGACACCGUCUUGAUCCAUUCUCAUCUCUCUGCAGCAUGAUGACCGGGAAGGGGAAAACGAGGAGAAAUGGGUGAAUCGUGGGAGAGGCCGUGCCAGUUUCCCUCGAGGAAGGGGCAGAUUCUUAUUUCGAAAGCCUGGCACCAGCCCCAAGUGGUCCCAUGACAAGUUCAGCGGGGAGGAGGGAGAAAUAGAGGAAGACGAGAGUGGAGCAGAAAAGGAUGAGAAAGGCAGCAUGCAAAUGGAUUAGCCAGAUUUCAGAUUCUACAUUGGACUCUUUCCUAAAACCCUUUACAUAGGAUAUUGUGAUCUGCUGAUAUUUUUCCACUUAAUCAAAUAGUUCUCUAUUGACUUUGAUUUUAUAUUUUUCACUCAUUUUAUUUUAAAAUUUUUUGGUUUUAUUCAUGUUAUGUCAAUUUUGGUGAAUAAUAUAAAUUUAAGGGGAUACUGUAGGCCUGAACCGUGACACAUUUCCACUACCUACUCUGUGUAUGCAUACAUUUUGAUCUUUUAUGAAAC